AUUUCACCGGUCAUCUGGCAACCCUGUCAGCCGAACAGAGAAUUGUAUAAUUUAAUUUGUUGUGAUUUUCCUUUUGAUUUUUAUGAAUUAAAUACUAAGUAAACUUUGGGGACAUACCUGCGAACUAUGGCGCUGCGCAUCCUGAAGACCUUGAGGCCGAUGGCCCACCCACUGGCAACGACGACGACCUUGGGCGGUGGAUCGAGGCAGGAGUUGAUUCACACGACGCCGGCGUGCUGCGAAAUCCGGAAAUUGGCCCGUUUGCGGGUGGUGGACAACAGCGAUUUGGGCAAAAGGGCGAUGGCCGAGGGCCGUCCGCCCAGGUGCAUCCAUGUGUACAACAAGCGGGGCGUGGGCCUGAUCGGCGACAAGGUGCUGGUGGCCAUCAAGGGCCAGAUGAAGAAGGGCAUCCUCGUGGGACUCAAGCAGAACCAGAAGCCCAAACAGCCCAAGUUCGACAGCAAUAAUCUGGUGCUCAUCGACGACAACGGCAGUCCGCUGGGCACCCGCAUCCAUGUGCCCAUUCCCACCAUCCUGCGCACCAUCCUCAAGGAGAAGACACUGGCCAAAGGCGCGGAUUACACCAAGGUCCUGGCCAUCGCCAGUAGAUAUGUUUAAGUUACCUGGAGAUCCUCCCUUUUCCUUUACCUGUUGCUAAAUGAAUAAAGUUUAUCCAACCGAA